AAGUAACAAAACUUUUUAAGAUCCGAUGUGAAAUACUACUUUUGCUGCGUUCGAGGAAGAAGCAAGGGAUGUCACUAGCAAAUGAGAUGUGGACUAGGCCCUGGCUAGCUAUGCCGUAUCCUUCUGGGGUUGAAAGGGCAAAAUCUGAAGCCAUUUAUGGAUAUUGAGACCCUUCUUAGUAGCUCAUGGCAGAAGUUAUUCAAAUCCAGAGGGCUCACAUGCAUGGCCCCAUCAUAAGGUUGCGGUACAUGGUGAAACAACUGGAGACGGGAGAGGUGAAUAUUGAGGAGCUGAAGAAGAACUUGGAAUAUACAGCUUCUUUGCUUGAAGCGGUUUAUAUUGAUGAGACCAGGAAGAUUCUGGACACAGAAGAUGAACUCCAAGAGAUCAAGUCUGAUGCUGUACCCUCGGAAGUGCGAGACUGGCUGGCCUCCACUUUCACCCAGCAGACCCGGGCCAAGGGGCGCCGUUCGGAGGAGAAACCCAAGUUUCGCAGCAUUGUGCAUGCUGUUCAAGCUGGCAUCUUUGUGGAAAGGAUGUUCCGCCGAACGUACACAGCUGUGGGACCCAAUUACUCUCCCUCAGUCAUCAACUGUCUGAAGACGCUUGACCUCUGGUUUUUCGAUGUCUUUGCACUGAACAAGGUGAGCGAAGACCAUGCCUUGCGCACAAUUGUCUUUGAACUGCUCACUCGCCACAACGUCAACAGCCGCUUCAAGAUCCCCACGGUGUACCUCAUGACUUUCCUGGAUGCACUGGAGGCUGGUUAUGGGAAAUAUAAGAACCCUUAUCACAAUCAGAUACAUGCUGCUGAUGUUACCCAGACUGUACAUUGCUUCCUACUUCGCACUGGCAUGGUGCACUGCUUGACAGAGAUUGAGGUCCUGGCCAUUAUCUUUGCAGCCGCAAUCCAUGACUAUGAGCACACGGGUACCACCAAUAGCUUCCACAUCCAGACCAAGUCAGAUACAGCCAUUUUGUACAAUGACCGGUCAGUACUGGAGAACCACCACAUCAGCGCUGUCUUCCGCAUGAUGCAGGAUGAGGAGAUGAACAUACUUGUCAACCUGACCAAGGAUGAAUUUGUUGAGCUCCGUUCGCUCGUGAUUGAAAUGGUUCUGGCUACAGACAUGUCCUGUCACUUCCAGCAAGUCAAGUCCAUGAAAACUUCCCUGCAGCAGCUUGAGCGGAUCGACAAAUCCAAAGCCCUCUCCUUGUUGCUGCAUGCAGCUGAUAUCAGCCACCCUACUAAACAGUGGACGGUGCACUCCCGAUGGACCAAAGCUCUCAUGGAGGAGUUUUUCCGCCAGGGAGACAAGGAAGCUGAGCUGGGAUUGCCCUUCUCCCCAUUGUGCGAUCGUACAUCCACGCUGGUGGCCCAGUCACAGAUUGGUUUCAUUGAUUUUAUUGUGGAACCCACUUUCCAAGUUCUGACAGAUGUAGCAGAGAAAAUGAUCAUCCCAUUAGUGGAAGAAGGUUCCAAGAAUAAAUUGCCCAGCCAGCAGAGCAGCUCCACCUGGCGUCAGACUUCUGUAGAUGAGCAUGCUGAACUGGGGGACAUCAACGCUGACAUCAGCAGCUUCCGUUCCACUUGGAGCAAGUACAUCCAGGAGAACAAGCAGAAGUGGAAGGAACGAGCUGCCAGCGGAAUCACCAACCAGGCAUCUAUUGAUGAGCUCUCACCUUGCGAGGAGGAGGCGAGCACACCUGAAAACCGGCACAAUCAGAAUGGCAAUGUGGAAUAACGCUGUGUGCAGGAGGAGCAAGGUCUUCAACACAGUUUACUCCAAAGUCUUCGAUACCAUCGACUCAGCACCAUCCGCACAGGGAGGGAGCCCCUCCCCAGCUCGAGAAGGGUGUGACAUGAAUGCGACCAUCAAUACUACUAGUAAUAAUAUUAAUACUGAUAAAUGCAAGUGUUACCGAGUCAACGAUGUCGACAUCACACAGUACACACUGCCUGCCCCAUCCCUGAGUUGCAGAGAAUGAAAGACUGAGAGCCUCCCUCCCCGGUGUAACUUCCUUCCAUCACUGAGCGCAAGUGGGCAAAAGGCCGGGGUGACCCUGGGACUGGUCAUCAAAACUCUUCCCUUUUGUGCCCGACAGGCUUCUCACUGCCAAACCAGCCAAGCGACUGCCAAGGCAACUGUCACCACUUUUUUCCCCCUUUCCUUUUAAACAAAUAUUGGCGGUGAUUGUACUGUAGGUGAGGAGUGUGAGAAGGGAUUUUUUAAACUGAGCAUGGCAGGCACAUGUGUGUCUGAGGGGAGGGGACUCUCACCCCUGCAUGAUGGCCUCUGAAAUAGGCUUGAAGUGGCUGGAUCCCAGGAAUCCUCCACCCCUUAUGAAGUUCUCCCCACAGGGCAACGCCCUGCUGUCUCUCUGUCAUCCAGCCUCUUGCGUGGAUAAAUGCCGUCCCUACUUUGCCUCCUGGUCUUGAAGACACCCAGUUUUCAACCACUGGGGCAUUUCCCACAGUGACUCAGAUCUCAAAUGCAUCACCACUCCCUUCUUUCAGGCAAUAGCUUAUACUGUGACCAAAUGCUGACCCUCUCCUGCUCUCCCCUAUCCUUGCCAUCGUUAAGCAUUGCCCAGUCCCAAGCAGUCAAUCCAGCAUUUCAGAGAGAUAAGCAAUCAUUGGAAAGUGAAGGUGAUCUCUCUUUUGAGGCAGCUGUUCUUCAGACCUGGUCUUGGAACUCAGUUGUGUUUCCUUCUCCCAUUCAUAGACUGAAUCCCUGCUAUUGUGAAUCUGCAGUAUGGAGGCGGGUAAUUUGGACCAGCAAGAGAUUUCACAACUCCUAGGGCCUGAGGAACAGGAAGUUCACAGUAUCUCAGUUCAGUCUUCCCCAGCCUGGUGCUCUCCAAGUGUGUGGCUCUACAACUCUGACCAUCUCUAUUCA